GAAAAAAAAAAAAAACUAAAGGCACGAAUAAUUUUUGUCUAAUCAAAAUUAUUUAAAUUGCUGCUAUUUAAGAUAACGAUGAACGGUGACGAAACAAAGAAGGUGGAGAGCGAGUACAUCAAGAAACACCAUAGACACGAGCUUGUAGAGUCUCAAUGUAGCUCUACGCUCGUUAAGCACAUCAAAGCUCCUCUGCAUCUCGUGUGGUCAAUUGUGAGGAGAUUCGAUGAACCACAAAAAUACAAACCAUUUAUCAGUAGGUGUGUGGUACAAGGUAAGAAGCUGGAGGUUGGUAGCGUAAGAGAAGUGGAUUUGAAAUCUGGAUUACCAGCUACUAAAAGCACUGAGGUAUUAGAGAUUCUUGACGACAAUGAGCAUAUUCUCGGCAUCAGAAUAGUUGGUGGUGAUCAUAGACUCAAGAAUUAUUCUUCAACCAUUUCGUUACAUUCGGAGACGAUAGACGGAAAAACAGGGACAUUGGCUAUAGAAUCGUUCGUGGUGGAUGUGCCGGAAGGUAACACAAAGGAGGAGACAUGCUUCUUCGUGGAGGCUUUGAUUCAAUGCAAUCUCAAUUCUUUAGCAGAUGUUACCGAGCGUCUACAAGCAGAAUCUAUGGAGAAGAAGAUAUGAGAUGUGACUUGAGAAUCUUUUCAUUCGGAAAAGAAGGAAAAAGACCAAAGAAGAGAAAUAA